AUGAACAUUCCAAAUAAAAUAUUUUUGGUGGAAGCUACGUUGUUGGUGCUCUUCUUGAGCAUCGCCUCAUCGCAGUUAUUAAGCGAUUCGAUGAGUCUGAGCCAUUUACCUUCCAACUGUGUGGAGGCAGUGCGCUUUGCUGGUUCGAACGCUAAAAGCGACAUCUACCAAAUACGCUUACCGUUAAAGGGUUGGGAGGAUCGACCCUUCUACGUUUACUGUUUACUCGAUCACAAAGGCGGUGACCCCUGGUUGUUGAUACAGCGUAGACAGGACGAAAACAUCGACUUCUAUCGCAACUGGAACGAUUACAAGACAGGCUUCGGAAACAUGGAGAAAAGUUUCUGGAUUGGCCUUGACAAACUGCAUGCGCUCACGCAAGUGCAACUCAAUGAGCUACAAAUCGAAUUGCGUGAUUUCAACGAUACUGUUAAGUACGCCAACUACGAGACUUUCGCUAUGGGCGAUGGGACCGAAAAAUACGCAUUGAAUAUUUUGGGAAAAUAUUCUGGAAGUGCAGGUGAUUCUUUUCUCUAUCACAGUGGACAAAAGUUCAGUACAUACGAUCAGGACAAUGAUAAUUGGGGCGAAAAUUGUGCGGAGAAAUACAAAGGUGCCUGGUGGUUCAACUCAUGCCACUACAGUGAGCUAAAUGGCGAGUAUCUGAAAGGUACUCACAAAGCAUAUGGGAAAGGCAUCGGAUGGGGUGCAUGGCAUGGCCCUUAUUAUUCGUUGAAAUAUACGCACAUGGCUAUAAGGCCAAGAGAUAGUGCGAAAAUAGGGGUAUAA